GUUUUGUUUGUGUAUUUUUCUUUAUUUUUGACAUUUGUGGUGCAUUUUAUGCUGUGGCUCACACAAGGACGUGUAAUAUGUGCAUUAUUCUAAAAAGUCUUGUAAUGUCAGUAAUGUCUUUUCCCGAGCCGCUGGCAAUGCUGCCGCAAUAAAGAGGCUGAAGUUGACUUCCUAUUCGCCAGUUACUGCUGCACCAUUUAAACUGGCGAAUACGCUGACUUCGUACCGCAGUAGUGGCCAGUUUUGCUGUACCCAGUCCCGUGGACGUUAAAUUUGUAGUUUAGAGUGAAUUAUCGUACUCAGGUGGCGGUGUUUGUCGUUACAUGGUUGAAUGUGAUGCAGGUUAUUUGAUCACGUCACGUGUGUGCUGCAGUGUGCCGUUGCUGGAGUGGAGCUGCUUCUCUCUCAGCAGCCAACACUGCAGAAAUCCUGCUGGCUUGCACCUUCGUUGGCUUUGCUGAAGAAUAAUACGCCAUACUGAUCUGAUGUCUCUGCUGGAAGACCUCGUCGAUUUGCUGAGAUAUGUCCUCGAAUAUUUCGGUGUGCCCACUGACAUGCUGGUUCCAGUAUGGGAGAAUACUUUGUGUGGACAGUAUCGCAGCAUUGUUCGCAUGAUUGGGACUAAUCUUCCGCUGGCACCAAACCCCCGAGUUCACUUUCAGAUUCCUCUGCAGACUUUCAGGAGACAUGGCCAUAUUGACGUUACAGUGGAUGCUCCUGGUAUUCCAUCACUCGCAGAUGUGUUAUAUCUCGCUGAGGAUGAAGGAGACAGCUGCACCAAGUUCAGGAAUACCAUUCCACUGAGGAAGUGUGAAUGGCCACAGAGGGCUGAACGACCAGCGUCUGUAGCCCCUUCUGCCCAAAAUGGACAAAGAGCUUUGGGACGGAGCACACAGCCAGAGGCCCUGCAGAAGAUUUCUGCACUGGAGGCUGAGCUGAUGAAACUACGAGCUCAGAUUGCCUUGAUAGUCGCAACUCCAACAGCUGACAGUCCGCUCCUGAGUGCACCUGCCACACCUUGUUUGGCUCCUUUACCUGCUCCUGUCCUUACCUCCACUCCUCUCUGUGCACCACCUCCACCACCUCCUCCUCCUCCUCCUCCUCCUCCACCACCUCCACCUCCUGCAGUGGCUGGCUCAUCUCAGGUCUUAGUGACACAGGUAAUCAGACAAAGGCGGGCAGCCAGGAAAGACAAAGCUGAACCUUCAGAGUGCACGUCAACAGCUGCCCUCCCCUCCAUGCUUGACAUCCUGAAGGACAUGAAUCAGGUUAAACUCCGCGCUGUGGAGAGGUCUCCAGGAGGGACCCCUGUGAGGAAGAGGAGGAGUAAGGGUGCCGUGUGUAUGUCGGACCCUGCUGCACUCAUUGCUGAAGCUUUAAAGAAGAAGUUUGCUCACAAGCAGAAAGACGACUCGUUUGAUAAGGAGAACCGCUCGGCCGAACUGUCGCCUUUUAGCAGCCCAGAUACACCCAGAGUAAGAGUUUCACACCCACUGAGACGCGGUCAAGGGAGAAUUCAUCUGUGACCCUGUAACCUCAAGGUUGGGCAAGAAGCAUGUAAUGGAGAGUUCUCUGCUGAAAUGCCUUUAAAAGAUUUUCUUGGUCAUGCUUUCUUUCAGCAUCCUCAGUCUUAUGGUACUUCUCUUUCUGUGGAAGAAGAGAGGAGUGGACUUUUUAUCUGGUCCUCUCAGCUUUGGAUUGUUUUUCUUUUUCUACACUAAUACAGCUCUUACAGUGGCGUUCUUGCAGGCUGCUUAGAGAGAAUGUUAAAUGUAAAUGUGAAAGGCCAGAAUUAUGAACCAAGGAAUACAUUCUGAUGGACUUCUCGUAUGCAGUGGCUUUGAAGCUUUUGCCUUUUUCAAAUUUCGUUUGUGUAUAAAUGCAUUUGCACUGCUCAGUCUUCCUCCUGUUCAUUGUGGACAGAUUAAGUCAUGUAGCCAGUCACUCCUCUGAUAUACAAUUAUCAGUUCGGCUUGUUUAACUUAUUUCUGAGUGCUUCAUUUAAGAAAUUUCACAACCAUUUGAAGUGAUGUUUGUUCACACUAUUGUCCUCUUACCCCAAACAUAGUUGGCAACAUUUUAGGUUUAACACUUAAUACCUGGACACGAUUUGAGGCAGUUUGUGUUAAGAUUGAGGCAUGCAGUUUGCUCAGAGCUAAAGGGUGGAGUAAAGCAUCCAUUACUUGUUAGCUACAUGAGCCUCGUAGCUUCAGAGCAAAACUUCAGGGAACAAUUGUGUAAAUUUUAUUUUUUUAUUCCUCAAACCAUCACUUUAACAUUCAUUGUUGCAUAUAAAAACGUAUUUUCAUUCGGAUGUGUGUAUAUGUGUGUGUUUGUGUUGGAGGCAAGGGUUCAAAAGUAUGCUUUAGACAAAUCAGGGAAACUUACUCCAUUAAUCCAUUCAUUACAUUCAUCUGUGCUUUGCAGUAGCUUUGAGACAUUUCUGAAAAUGGAGUAGAUUAAAGGGGACUUUAAUUUUGAUUUUUAUAAUAUUUCAAUGGCUGUCAUUCAGAGAGGUUUGAUGGUUUUUUUAUAGAGAAACUUGCAUUUCUACACAUGGCUGGUGGGGGUUGGGAGUCAUGAUGUCCAACACAAAUACAUGCAUUUUAUUUACUAUUCAGAAUGAUUUAAAUAGUGUUUAAAUAGUAAAUCCAAAAAAUCUAUAUAAAUAAAUAUUUUCAAACCAUUUGUUAAAACGUUUUGGACAAAAAAUCCUUCAUAACCAUCCUGUGGAGGAGCUUUCAGAAGUGUUACUGGCUCUUAUCACCGUUGCAAACAAUGCUGAGUCAGAUUUCUCUAGAACAGACGAUUUCUCAUCAGACCACUCUGAAUGACUUCGAUCUUAAUGAUUUACUGAUAAAGGCCAUGCCAUGGCCGUUGGCGAGUAAACUAAGCUAAAUGUCUCUCCAGUGUGUGCUCACAUUACAGCAUGUGUCUCUCAAUGACCUAAACUGUAAUUAGCAAUGCAACAUACACCUGAAUGAACCCAUGUCUGUAAGACAAUAAAGAGUCUGUGUCUUUAACUAAAA